CCGGGCCGAGCGCGUCCCCAGGGCUGAGCGCGCCCCCGGGGCCGAGCGCCCCACCAGGGCUGAGCGCGUCCCCAGGACUGAGCGCGCCCCCAGGACUGAGCGCCCCACCGGGGCUGAGCGCGCCCCCGGGACUGAGCGCGCUCCGCCCCACCCCGGCCGCGUGUUCCCGCUGGGACGCAGCCAUCGCCCGCCCCCGGACUGAGCGUGCUUCCCAGGCCCGCGUCCACCGCCGUGCGCCCCGCGCCUCUUUCCCCCCGCGGGUGCCGGUUCGCGUGCGCAGGGCUCCCUGAGGCGCCGGUGUCUGAGGAGGGGGUCGUGCCGCCGCCGUGAGCCUCCGCGGGCUUCCGGGAGCGCCCUGGGAGCGCGACCCUCACUUUGCCUCCAGGGCCCUGCGCCGGAGUUCACCUCCUUUCCUCUCUCGCCAGGCCCCGAUGGUGGAGGACUGCACAAGGUAGCGGCGGCGAUGUGGGGGUGACCGUCAGCGCGCGUUCCAGGACCGUGAGAGCGGAGGGCCCCCGGGCCAGGUGGACGUCAGUCGGGAUGGAAGCAGAAGGCUUGGAUUGGCUUUUGGUCCCCUUGCACCAGCUGGUGUCCUGGGGGGCAGCCGGGGCCAUGGUGUUCGGAGGGGUCGUGCCCUAUAUCCCACAGUACAGGGACAUCCGGAGGACUCAGAAUGCUGAGGGCUUCUCUACCUACGUGUGUCUGGUGCUCCUGGUGGCUAACAUUUUACGGAUCCUUUUCUGGUUUGGAAGGCAUUUUGAGUCGCCGCUCCUCUGGCAAAGCAUAGUCAUGAUCUUGACCAUGUUACUGAUGUUGAAACUCUGCACCGAAGUCCGCGUGACAAAUGAGCUGAACGUAAAACGCCGUUUCUUUGCAGCUGCGGAUACCCAGGAUGAAGCAAUCAAGCCCCCGCCCCGGCGGUCAUAUCUGGACUUUGACCCUCGCCACUUCUGGCACUGGAGCAGCUUCGGGGACUACGUGCAGUGUGUUGUGGCCUUCACGGGCGUGGCGGGCUACAUCACGUACCUGUCCAUCGACUCGGCCCUGUUUGUGGAGACCCUGGGCUUCCUGGCCGUGCUGACCGAGGCCAUGCUGGGUGUCCCACAGCUCUACCGCAACUAUCGCCACCAGUCCACUGAGGGAAUGAGGUGCAUUGGCUUCCUCUCCCGUGAUAUGGCUUACAGGCCCUUCCCUACCCAGUUCUCCCUGGAUGGGUGUCUGUUCCACUGAAGCAAGACAGGAGACGACGGGUGUGCACUUUCAGAUACGAAUGUGCGGCGGGAGGCCUGUCCAGUGGCUGGGGCGUGGUGUCCCCUCCCUGGGGACCCUCGGCACCUGCGGACUCACUGAGGCUGACCACCUGAUUUGUGGCCACAGCGUGCUCAAAGUGGGCUCGUGUUGAUCCCACACCUGCUGCUUCCAAGUCCACCUGCCUGUACCUGUGUGCUUGCUUGCACCUGCACCGUCACUGUUUACUCGUUAGAUCCUGUAGGCAACUUACUGUAUCUGGCAUGUAGGGGAUACCCGGGCAGCUGAAUCCAACAUUGUCUCAAUUUUCCAAGUUCAACUUCUGUGAUGGGAAAGAACUCUCCGUGGGUCAGAGGCAGGCCAGAGCGGAGGCUGCCAGCGCCCAAGGUUGGAGGCCGUGAUCCACGGAGAGGAAGCUGAGUCCACAGACAUCGCCAGAGGCAGGAGAUUCAAGCUUCUUAAUGUGGGAAAUGACACAACAGCUUAAUUCCCCCAGUGCCACUAAGAGCAGCUUGCAGGACGCUCGGGAAAUUACAAAAACAAUUCUAGUUAUGGUAAUAUUAAGAGUGUGAAAUGCUUAGAAAUUAACUUAACCAAGGAGGGGCGCCUGGGUGGCUCAGUCGGUUGAGUGUACGACUUGGGCUCAGGUCAUGAUCUCACGGUGCGUGAGCUCGAGCCCCACGUCGGGCUCUGUGCUGACGGCUCAGAGCCUAGAGCCUGCUUCAGAUUCUGUGUCCCCCCACCUCUCUCCGUCCCACCCCUGCUUGUGCUCCGUCUCUCCCUGUCUUUCAAAAAUGAGUAAACCUAAAAAAAUUUUUUUUUCUGAAAAAAAAACUUAACCAAGGAGCUAAAAGACUUGUACAAUGAAAACUACAAAACAGUCUGCUGAAAGAAAUUCAAGGCAUAAGUAAAUGGAAAGACAUCCCAUGUUCAUGGACUGGAAGACUCAAUAUUGUUAUAAUGUCAGUACUACCCAAAGCAAUCUCAGAUUUAAUGGAAUCCCUGUCGAAAUCCCAGUGAUUUUUUUUUUUUUUUCAGAAAUAGAAAAACCAGGCCUAAAAUUCAUAUGGAAUAUUAAGGGACCCCCAAAUAGUCAAAACAAUCUCGAGCAAAACUAGAAGACUCAUACUUUCAGAUUUCAAAAAUAACUAAAAAGUACAAUAAUCAAGACAGUGUGUUAUUGGCAUAAAGACAAAUAGACCAGGGGACUAGAGAGUCCCGAAAUGACAUUUACAUAUAUGGUUAAGUGACUUUCGGAAAGGGUGCCAAGACCAUUCAGUGGAGAAAGGACAGUCUUUUCAACAAAUGGUUCUGAGAAAUGGGAUAUCCACAUGCAAAAGAAUGACAUUAGACUCUUACCUGGCACCAUAUACCAAAAUUAACUCAAAAUUGAUCAAAGGCCUGAAUGUAAGACCUAAAGCAAUGGAAUUCUUAGAAGAAAACAGGAGAAAAGCAUCAUGACAUUGGAUUUGGCAGUGAUUUCUUGGAUGUGACACCAAAGGCACAGGAAACAACAUAAAAACUACAUGUUGGGCUUUAUAAAAUCUAAAAAUUUGGGGGCACUUGGGUGGCUCAGUUGGUCGAGCGUCUGACUUUGGCUCAGGUCAUGAUCUCACAGUUCGUGAAUUUGAGUCCCACAUCGGGCUCGCUGCUGUCAGCCUGUCAAUGCAGAGCCUGCUUUGGAUCCUCUGUCCCUCUCUCUCUGCCCCUCCCCUGCUUGCGCUCUCCCCCACGUCCCCACUAUCCUGGUGGGUGUCACGUGGGAUCUUGUUGUGGUUUUGAUUUGCAUUUCCCUAAUGACUAAUGAUGUUGAACAUCCUUUCGUGUGCUUCUUGACCAUUUAUAUGUCUAUGGAGAGAUAGCUGUUCAGACCUUUUGUCUAUUUUUAAAUUUGGUUGUUUGUCUUUUUAUUACUGAGUUGUAGAUUUCUUUAUCUACACUGGAUACUGGAACUCUGUCAGGUAUAUGAUUUGCAAGUUUUUUCUCCCAUCCUGUGGAUUGUCUUCACUUUCCUGAUAUUUUCCUUUUCAGCACAAAAGAUUUUUAAAUUGAAUGAAGUCCAGCAUAUUUGUGUGU